AUGCGACAGCGUGCCUGUGGAGCGCGAUGGUGUAGUGUGGUGAGUCGCCGCUCCAUCACCGGCGGACGCCCUGGCGCCACAGUGCUGGAGAGGGGAGUAGGGAGGCAGGAAGGUUCUCUGUCAGUGCAAAGCCUGUCGGAGGCUUGCCUCUUCACCGACUCUGUGAAGGCGUUCCAGACGGCCAUCGGAGUCAUAAGUCUCCGGAAUGCCUUCGUCGACCUCCGGCACGUCUUCGACGAGGAGUAUCACUUUGACGACGAGAGCUUUGUGCGCGGCCGCCGCCUCAUCACCCGGGGCCUUGCGGCCGCCAAGGCCAACAUAAAGCAGGGAAGCCUCAAGGCGGCUCAGCGGGCCAUAGGGGAGAUCAUGCACACUCUCCAGGACUUCUACAGUCACAGCAACUGGAUUGAACUGGGGAACAGGGAUGCCUUCUCCACUCUUAUCAGAGCAGACCUCGCCUUUGAUAACAUCGCAGACGUUAAUACACCAACGUGCAGAAACUGUGUGGGCGACGACUGUGACAACAACGUCCUGGAGAGCAUCAUUGCAGAGCAGCAGCUGACCUCAGGGUACUUCAGCCUGACCUCCUUCUCCAAACCUGACGGGAAGUGCAGCCACGGGGGGUCUGUGGACCUGACGAGCCUGACGGAGCCGCGGGGGGGCAUCAACAAAGACGGCGUGGACGCGGCCCACGGCAGCCUGCACGCCGACGCCGCCCGGGCGGCCGUCGCCGCCACCGUCCAGCUGCUGCAGGACGUCAGAGGAGCGGUGGGGGACGAGGACUUCCUGCGUUUAAUGGGCGUCUCUCGAUCGACGUCGUCCUCUUCCUCGCUGGUUCUCUGCUUCGUGGUGGACACCACGGCGAGCAUGGCCGGCGUCGUCACCGAGCUGAGGAGCCUAGCCGCCACCAUCGCCAGCAGCGAGUCCAACAAGCCGUCCGUCUACAUUCUUGUCCCCUUCAAUGGAACGAGUGUUGGCCCGCUGAUGAGGACGACGGACUCUGACGUGUUCCUAUCUCAGAUCAACACGCUGUCUGUCAGUGGAGCAGGCAACAGCUCUGAGCCCAGACAAAGCCUCUCUGCACUUCUGCAAGCCCUUGCUGGAGUCCCAGAUAGAUCUGAGAUCUUUGUCUUCACCGAUGGUCCACCUGGAGACUCCCAUCUGGAGAGUACUGUGACUGCCCUUAUUGAGAACACCAAGUCUGUGGUGAACUUCCUGUUGACGGACCUGAGCAGUGCGGAGACGGGUGACCUGUACCGGGUGCUGGCGCGGCUCUCCGGGGGGCAGGCGGUGGAGGUCACACAGCAGCAGCUUCCUCAAGCUCUCAGCCUCGUCACCGACGCUCUCAGCCCAACUCUGGCAACGCUGAUCCAGGUGGUCAGAGACCCGGGGGCCUCCGAGACGUUUUCCUUCACCGUGGACUCGUCAGUGCGGACGCUGCUUGUUUACAUCACUGGAGACUCCCCGACGUUCACCAUCACCAGUGCUUCAGGUGCAACACAGAGGAGUCAGGAGUCCAGUGGACGUUUAGGCAUCGUCCAGAACGUGGGCAACCUCCGCAUCACCAGACUCAGCUCCCCACUUCAGACCGGCCAGUGGCAGAUCAGCGUCCUCUCCUCCCUGCCGUACACACUCAAAGCUAUUGGUGAGAGUUCAAUAGAUUUCUUCUUUGAGUUUGUGGAAGUCGUCCAAGAUCCUCAACCUGGAUUCACAGUUCUGGAUAGCAGGCCACAAGCCGCUGGUGAUGUGUCUCUGUCAGUAUCUGUAACUGGGGGCUCUGCUGUGAGUGUGACUGAAGUGACGGCAACACAGGUGUCAGGCAGCGGUGCGGUGCAGGGCACUCUGCAGCAAAUGGCGACCGGCGACUACCUGGUGACCAUGCGCGGCCUUCCAGCGGGACGCUUCUUCCUGCAGCUCAGAGGGCGAAACAGCUCGGCCUCCAACCAGGUCUUCCAGAGGCAGUCCUCCACCCAGCUCCUGACCUCCACCGUGGCUGUCACAGCUCAAGAUGAAGGUGAAUGGAGACCUGGAACAGACUUCAGUGUUCCAUUCAAUGUGACAGCGGCUAACAGCGCUGGCGGGACGGUCGCCGUUCGACAGUCCAACGACCGCGGCUUUGCCACGUCCUUCCCCAGCAACCUCACGGUGGGGUCAGGGGGCAUCGCCGAGGGCAGCGGCACCCUCUCGGCCCCCUCGGACACCGCCUCAGGCACCGGUGUUGUCGUCGUCAUUGAGGCGGACUCGCCGGGUGGCACCGACUUCAACUACGUGCUUGUGCGCUUGACCGUUACUGCUGAGGUGACGGACAUCACUGCCCCGACGUGCGAGACGGUCAGCGUGAACGCCAACUGCACGGGCAACUGCAGCCUGCGGACGUGGGAGUUCACGGCCACCGUGAGCGACGGCGCCGGCGGCUCCGGGGUGGAGCGCGUGUCCGUGCGCGACGCCAGGGGCACCCUCAACGCCACCACCACUCUGGGCGCCGCGGGCUUCAACGUCACGCUGGUCUCCUUCGCCACCACCUGCUGCUUCGGGGAGGUGGUGCUGGUGGUGGCCGACGCCGUAGGCAACGUGGGCACCUGCUUCAUCUCGUCGGACGGCGGAGGACGCGCACUCAGCCUCUCUCUGCUACCUCUCUGGGUCAGCAUGGUGAGUCUCACCGCGACUAGGACUUUAUACAGUUAACAACAGGGGCACGCAGAGCACGGUCUGUUUGAUACUACAGCACAUGUUUUUUGUAUUUGUUACGGAGAUGACUUGAAUGAAAAGAACAUUCGGUGCCAUAUUAUCUGAUAUUAUCUGAUUGUAUUUUGAUUUGGGCAGCUCAGUUUGAAACAGCACUAAAGUGGCAUGAUGUAAAUAUCUUAAAUAAGUGGAAAUAUCUUAUCCGCAUCAGUAUAUUUUGAUGUUACUAAUUUUGUACCAAACUAGUUCUUAUAAAUGUAAAAUAUUGGGUCUCCAUUAAACAGUAAUUAUGUCAUCACUGA